AUUGGUGACAACUGGAUCACAUGAUUCCCCAGGGGAGCCACAAGGUCGUCAUCAAUCUAUUGGCUCAACCCCAUCCAGGGGAAUCUCGGGUGCCGAAAGGGCAAAUGUCUCCUCAGGGAUCCUAGAUCCAUCUCACCAGGGAAUGGAUUGGACACAACCUCCAACAACUAUGCCAAGAGUUCGUCGGAGCUCUCCCGCUCCAAUAGCACCUCACAUUGUGCCUAAUCAAAUCAAAGGAGUCCAGUUUACGAACCAACUGCAGUCAUUUACAUCUAGUCACAAAGGUACUAUUCACUACUGGUGGCCGAAUGAGCGAACCAAUUCGAACCAUACAUUAGCCAACACUAGCGAUUACAGUCUCAUCCUAUCUGGGUCUUCAGUUCAAAUAAAGAAACCGGGUUUGUUUUCGGUUUACGCACAGAUCUAUUUCGAUGGGAACGUUCAGGGGAUGUACCAAUAUAAAAUCCUGUCCUCAUAUGAAGGCAAGAACAGUCGAGUUCUAGCUCAUUGUGCAACGAUUAUCAGAGUGAAAGGAUACGAGGAGUCUUGUUACACAUCCGCUUUGGUCUCGUUGGGUGAAAACGAGAUGGUGUGGAUUGACUUAAACGAACAAGGCCGGCGGAUUAAUCUCGAUGUGGGGCGUUCGUUUUUUGGCUUGAUCAAAUUUCAAUAA